AUAACAGGCAUUUAACAACUGGUGUAUUCAAUUACCAGUGGUCCUUGAAGGAAAUCACUAGGAGGAAGGAGACAUUGAGUUUGAAGGAAUGAAGGGACAGCACUGAGAAGCAGAGAGAGCUGGGACACGUAGAAACCAGAAAGCCCUCUCUAAGCAAUGGUGGACAUUCCCAGUACCCACACAUAAAGGAUGCAUGGUUGAUAUGUCAGACCUCUCUCCAGAGGAGCAAUGGAGGGUCGAGCACGCACGCAUGCAUGCCAAGCACCGCGGCCACGAAGCCAUGCACGCUGAAAUGGUCCUCAUCCUCAUCGCUACCUUGGUGGUGGCCCAGCUGCUCCUGGUACAGUGGAAACAGAGGCACCCCCGCUCCUACAAUAUGGUGACCCUCUUUCAGAUGUGGGUUGUUCCCCUCUAUUUCACAGUGAAGCUGCACUGGUGGAGGUUCCUAGUGAUCUGGAUCUUGUUCUCUGCCGUCACAGCCUUUGUCACCUUCCGAGCCACCCGAAAACCACUAGUACAGACAACCCCAAGGUUGGUUUAUAAGUGGUUCCUGCUGAUCUAUAAAAUCAGCUAUGCCACUGGCAUCAUUGGCUACAUGGCUGUCAUGUUUACCCUCUUUGGUCUUAACUUGUUAUUCAAGAUCAAACCAGAAGAUGCCAUGGACUUUGGCAUUUCUCUCCUCUUCUAUGGCCUCUACUAUGGUGUUCUUGAGCGGGACUUUGCAGAAAUGUGUGCAGACUACAUGGCAUCUACCAUAGGGUUCUACAGUGAGUCGGGCAUGCCCACCAAACACCUCUCGGACAGUGUGUGUGCCGUGUGUGGGCAGCAGAUCUUUGUGGAUGUCAGUGAAGAGGGCAUCAUCGAGAACACGUAUAGGCUGUCUUGCAAUCAUGUAUUCCACGAGUUCUGUAUCCGCGGCUGGUGCAUUGUGGGAAAGAAGCAGACGUGUCCCUACUGCAAAGAGAAGGUAGACCUCAAGAGGAUGUUCAGCAACCCCUGGGAGAGGCCUCAUGUCAUGUACGGGCAACUGCUGGACUGGCUUCGAUACUUGGUAGCCUGGCAGCCUGUCAUCAUUGGCCUGGUGCAAGGCAUCAACUAUAUCCUGGGCCUGGAAUAGUCAGGAAGAAGAGCAUCCACCCACCAUGGACCUCAGGGCACUCUCCUCCCUGCCCUCCAAGACCUCCUGGGUGGGAAAGACUCAAAGGGGCACUCGGGCCACUCAGGACCCCUCCGGCUGUGUCCGGGCUGGGGAGGGAUAUGAUGGAGAGCCAGCAGGUGGGGCUGUCAGCAGUGGGGGGCUUUUUAAAAGAAAACUAUUUUGAUGAAUAUAUUUAAAAACCUUUUUUAUUGUGGAGCAUAGGAAUUGCCCCAAUUCCUCCAGGCCUCAGCCUCCCUGCUUGAGCAGGGCAGGAGCAGAGCCACAUUUUUGGUGUAAAGGAGCCAUCUCUUCUCUGGCUGAGAGCCCCAGCCCACCUCCCCUUCCUUCUGUAUGUGGGGCUUGAGCCUGGUACACUCAGUGUGGAAGAGCCAGGGAGCUCUGGCCAGUGCCACUGAUGAGCACUGAGGGGUGAGGUGUCCUCCGUCCUCCCUGGCUAAGGCCACAGUUGGGCGUUGUCUGGCUCCGUCUUCCCUGUUGGGGGCCGUAGGCUGGUGGAGACAAGUGGGACCUUGUCGUGACUUAUGCAGCAAGGGAAGCUCUAGGACCUCGGAAUUCACCGGGGAUUUGUGUGGGGGUGACCAGAGCUGUAGCAGCUUGGGGAACCUCCCACUAAGUGGGGCUGUACUCAGCCAAGAACAAAGACCAUCUAUAUAUAGUUGGGCCACAGGGGUUACUGCUGGCAGCGGUGAUUGAGGGCCGCUUGUGCAAGCUGAUCCUCUGCCCAGAAGUGGUGACACGUGCUGAAGGCCACUGCCACAUCACUUCCUUCCCCGAAAGCCGGAGAGCGUGUGUGUGUGUGUGUGUGCGCGUGCGUGGUAGAAGAACUAUGACAGAUGUGAGGCUUCUUCCUGUGGUCAGACAUUGUUCCCUUGAAGCUGCCAGGGGAUUCCCAGCCCAAGGAAUAUCCUCAUGUCAGCCUUGUCAUCCAUGAGUCCUGCCUGGGCCUGGCAACACAAAUGGUGAGGUGGGUGGGAAGAGGGUCAGGCCCAGGUAAGUAUGGGUUCUGAAAAGGGGUUCCAGGUAGGCCCCAGCUCUGGUCCUAGGAAUUUUGAAGGAAAUGGGAGGGCAAACGUGGUCCUUCCGUGCUGGGUUCCUAGGGAAUAUGGCCCUUCAAGUGCAGUAAGAACCAAGCAGGAUCUUGUCAUCCAUUCUGAAUAAAGCUCCGUGAGCUGGGUUGGAAAGCUGAA